GCAACUUGCAGCACCAACUAAAACAACGCUUUCAAGUACUAUAGGAGCAGCAAACAGCAAAUGACAUUGGACGUCAUUUCUGGACGGUCGCAAACAUGAUUGCCACCACGCAACAGAACAUGACAACUGAGCUGGAUUUGGGCAGCACGGGCGGACCUCCCCGAAACUGGAAGGGCAUCGGGAUCGCCAUGGUGGUCAUCCUGGGGGUCAUGUCCCUGGUCUUCCUCUCCAUUUUUCUUCUCACCCCUGAUGAAUCUCGUCUCCUGUUGCUCUCUCGUCUUACUGUGGAGAGCCUUGAAAACGAAGAUUUCAAAGUUCACAAUCCUUGUGCGACGUGGCUAAACGAGAACGAGGUGUCGGUAUGCACCCAGGAAGGUCACGUUCUAAUCCACAAUCUGAGCACCAAUGUCACAACCACGCUGUUAGACAACAGCACCCUGGAUCUGAAAUCCAUGAGGUUCCAGGUUUCUGCUGAUAAGAGGUUCAUCCUAAUGGCUUACGAUAUACGCCCUGUAUUCUCAAAGUCCUUCACUGCAUCUUUUGCAAUCUACACUGUGACCAGCGGGGAAAUUGAGGACCUCACACCACCAGAUGAGGAUGUGUCUGUACUUCAGUAUGCGGCGUGGGGGCCUCAAGGGAACCAGCUGGUCUUUGUUUUCGAGAAUGACAUCUACUACAAGCCCGAUGUUUCCAGCAAGGCGAUGCGUUUGACAACCACGGGCAGAAGUGGGCUGGUGCUUAAUGGACUGUCUGAUUGGACCUAUGAGGAGGAAAUACUUCUGAAAUAUCCUGCGUUCUGGUGGGCCAAAGACGGUGCACGGCUGGCGUAUCUUUCCAUCAACAACUCAGCCACGCCUUUUAUGGAGAUACCUCACUUCCUGGGCGGGAUCUAUCCAUCUAAUGUGGUCUACCCUUACCCAAAGGCAGGUUCCAGAAUCCCAUCAGCCAGCCUGUUUGUGGUGAAUUUAUACGGUCCAGCUCACACAUUAGAAAUGAUUCCACCCGACUCCCUAAACAACAGAGAGAGCUACAUCUCCAUGGUGAGUUGGAUCAGCAGUACUCGUCUAGCCCUGCGAUGGUUGAACCGGGUCCAGAAUCAUUCUGUGCUGUGUGUGUGCGAGGCCACGACAGGAGCCUGCUCAGAGAGGCACCAAAUGACGUUGGAUUUUUGGCACAACAAUCAACAACAGGACGAGCCGAUGUUCACAGCAGAUGGUUCCCUGUUUUAUCUCAUCCUGCCUGCCAAGCAAGGUGCCCGUGGGGAGUUUCUUCACAUCGCCAGUCUCCCCGCUCAGACUUUAACUCCUUCGGCUUCUCCUCGCUUCCUGACGUCAGGGAACUGGGACGUGACCUCACUAUGUGCCCUUGAUGAGGAGAACGAUAAAAUAUAUUUCAUGAGUACGGAGGAGUCGCAGCAGAGCAGACACUUAUACAGUGUGGAGCUGGGAGGAGUGUUUCAUCGCCAGUGUCUUACAUGCAACCUGUUCGAACAAUGUAACUUCUACAAAGCAGACUUCAGUCCUAACAAGACAUAUCUUACUCUCCACUGCUUGGGGCCGGGUGUCCCAAGAGUGACUAUUCACAGCACAAGUGACCCAUCCAAAUACAAAGUGGUGGAAGACAACAGCCUCCUUUCAACAUCUCUCGACACCAAAAGGCUUCCCGAGAUGCUUUACCGCACAUUUUCCACCGAAAACAACGACCUAGAUCUGAAGAUGUCUUUGCCCCCUGGAUACGAUGGAAACCUCCACCCUCUUCUUAUUAUCAUUGAUGCUGUUCCUGGUAUGCCGUCCGUAACGGAGGAGUUCUCCCUGGGCUGGCCGGAGGUUUUGUCCAGUCUGCACGGUGUGGCGCUUGCGUGGAUCGACAUCCGGAGCCGAUUGUCACAGGGGCAGAAAAGCAGCACUGUAGACCCUCGUAAACUAGGAUCCCUACGGAUCAAAGAUCAGCUCGGUGUCAUUGAGUGGUUGAAGCAGCUGCCGUACAUCGAUGGGAGAAGAAUAGCUUUGUAUGGAAAGGGCUUCGGUGGAUAUUUAAGUUUGAAGAUGUUGACAACAACUGAUCGGAUGUUUAAAUGUGCUGCUGUUAUGGCUCCUGUUACAGACUUCAAGCUCUACAGUGCCACUUUCUCAGAGAGAUAUCUGGGUCUCCCUGCAAAAGAAGAACAUUCCUACGUGACUGCAUCUUUGCUGGACGACAUCCACAAGCUUAAAGAUGAAAGUUUUCUCCUCAUACACGGGACUGCAGAUGCUCGUGUUCACUUCCAGCACAGCGCUGAAUUACUGAGUCGUCUGGUGAAAGUGGAGGCCAACUACACCCUUCAGCUGUACCCAGACGAAAGCCACAACUUAAGACUCGACCAGAGCAUCCAGCACCUACACCGCACCCUCCUACACUACCUCCAAAACUGCCUCAAACACGACCCCUUCCUCGAAGCAGAGGAGGAAGAAGAGGAGGAGGAAGAAUAAUCUCUUUCGCUGUGUCUUCUGAAGAGCCUCCAAGCACCAAUGUCUGACUUGUGUUAUGCCACCAAGAGAACAAAGAGCAAAUCUGGGCUCAGGAGGAUCAAAUCCACCAGCUAUUUACAGCCAAUACAAUUUUCAAAUAUCAUACCAAUGAGCAUAAAUGUCGGAAGAUGACAGAAGGGAGAUGAAGCAUACGGUCUACAAAUGAAGACAUAUAAAGUCAUUCAAUAUACAUCUUUGAUCAGGUUGUGGGUAAAUGGGUAAAAGAUGCUGCACAGGCAUGUUCGAUAGCCUUAAUGUGCCACCUUGUGGUGAACGAAACUUCUUCAAUAAACUGUUUGUGAGAUGCACCAUGGGUGGUAGGCUUUGAAGUAGCCUAUACUGUGAAAGAUUUGAUUGAAUUUAAAUUGCAAAAUAUUCUUGGAACCUGUCUCUUGAUAUGCAUGACAAACCGGCUGCAUGGUGCUGUUUAACGUUUCAAAAUCUCUGUGCCAAACCCUAUAGGAUCCUCUCCUAACACUGUUGAAAUCGCACAUUAGAUGUCAGCACGUAGUGUGCCCGGACGGCCUGUUUAAAACCCGGAGAGCAUCUUUAAAGCAUUGCAGUAUGGACAGGCUGUCCUCCCUAUAAGGGUAUAAAAUCAAUGGCACAAUCUCAACAUCACACUGCAUGCUGCUGUUUACAGAAGCCCUUACAUCAAAUCUCUACGUUGAGGCAUGCUGUCUGUAUUUUCACACUGUAUUUUCACCGGCAGACAAACAAGUGUUGUUUUGUCAUUGUCAUGCAUAUGCAGACAUCAUGUUUACAUAAGAACUGUGCCAAACACUUUGUGACCAAACCUUUCGAUAUUAAGUGAUGUUCUGAAUGUGGCAGGUUGUGCAUUUACUACAUUUUUAUUUCAUUGCAAUUGAUAUCCCUGUUAAAUAAGUACUGUGACGGUAGCAUGGUACGGUGGUAAUACUCGGGUGUUUUGAGAAUCAUAUUGUAUUCUUAUAACCAUAUUGCCAAACCUGUUUUUUUGUGUGGUAUUGACAUGCCAUCGCAACAAUAUUUUAAAGAGUAGCAUAAUACUACCAUGGACCAUGUUAAUAAAGCUAACGCAAUGUAAAAAUGUGCAAAAAAUGGAACUAGGAAAGUGGCACUUUUCUGGUUAAUUGUUAAUUAAUAAUUGAUAAAUGCAGGUUUGAGAAACCAGAAGUUCACCAGCUCAUAACACAGUGAACCCUGUUAAUCAAAAGAUAUCAUAAACUCAUAACAUAAAUGAUAACAGAUUGGACAAAAUAGCAAUAAAAAGCAGUAUUGAUACUUUGAAGUAGGUUAUAUUGCUUAUUAUUGUGAUGAAAUGCAUAUCACAGUGUUGUCACCUGACUUGAACCUUCUCAUUCGCCAAUCAAAUAUUUACUUGGGAAACUUUUUGUGACCUUCAUGUGUUGCUGAAUUGUAUGUAUGUAUGUAAAAACCUUGUAAGUUCCGUGCAAACCUUUUGAUGCAAGUUACAUAUUUCAGAAUGUUAUAUUGUACUGUUGCUCCAAGAAACUACAGAGCCAUGCCAAUGUCAUAGGCAGCAUGAUGUCUGUUUGAAUUGAACAUCCUGUAUCCAUGUAUUUGUUUUUGAUUCCCUUUUUCCAAUAAAGUCUUAA